AUGUCAAGUGCAAAAAGUAAAUUCGAAAUUACUAGGAACAGAUCAUGUAAUAACAUAAAGGAGAAUUUAGUAUGCUCUUCAAAUAUUUUAAAGAAUUACAAAAAUCUGUUAGCAAGUGAAACUCAAGUAAAUACAAACCAAAAGAAUUAUCAUAGUGAUGUUGAAAAAAAAGAAAAUAAAAUAAAUUUUGGAAAAUAUUAUAAUCCCUGUAUUCCUGGUGAUUAUAUUAGUAGAACAAAAAUAAAUAAUUACAGUGAGACAGAUAUAUAUGACAUUUCAAGGAAUAAUGAAAAAGUACCAAUAAAUAAAUUUCAAGAAAAUGAUGUACAAGAGGAAUUCUCAAAUACCAUGUUUUAUGAUAAAAUUAUGAGAAAUCAUAAAUCUUAUAAUACAGCUAUACAUAACAUUCAGAAUAAUUUUCAAACUAAUAAAUUGAAAACUGUAUUAAAUUCGAUUAAGUUUGAAGAUAGUUCUAAUAUUACUAUACCCCCAUAUAUAAAAAAAUCUCCUUUGUAUAUUUUAUAUCCUGAGUUACAGCAUCGUGCACACAGUGAUAAGAUCGUAAAAUAUAAAUCAGAAGAAAAGGAAAAGGAAAAGGAAAAAGAAAAGGAAAAAGAAAAGGAAAAAGAAAAAGAAAAAGAAAAAGAAGUGGGUGAUAAAAAUAAUCAGAGCGAAAAAAAUGAUGAAGAAAAAAGGUCUCUUUCUAAAGAUCCUAUAAUUGGAAUAAAAGAAAAAUUACUUUUCGAUGUUGAGGAACGAAAAAGUAUACAUAAUUACUUGAAAAGUAAUUUAAGUAAUAAUAAUAUUAUCAGAAAUAAAAUGUUAGAUUAUUUUGAAGCAGAAAAAAAUGGAAAUAUGAUAGAAAUUGGUAAUCCAAACAAGGUUAAUAUAAUUAAUAUGCAUGAAAAAAAUAAUAAUUUUGAAAAUGCAAUUUUAAAUUCAUAUAAAAAUAUACAUGUAUCAAAUAAUAUGAAUAAUAAAACUGAAAAUGAAUUAAAGACUUUAAAAAUACUAAAAGAACAAAAAAUGCUUAUUAUAAAUAAAAAUGAAAAAGGAGAAAAUGUUAUUAUUAACCAAGAUGAUAUACGUGAUAAAUAUCAAAGAAGACGGAUUAAUUUACUCAAAGAUCUUACUACAAAAGAUUUGUUAAAUCAUGAAAAUAAAACAGGAAUAAUAAAUAAUGAGAAAGGUGUGGCUCAAAUAUCUAUUAUUGAUACUUCUAACAAAAAAGCGGUAUUAAAAAAUUUUAGAAUUAAAAAUAAUAAGGAAAUAAUGAAUGAUGAGGAUGAAAAAAAAAAAAAAAAUAUUUUGAAAUUUAUAAAAAAAAAAAAAAAUGUUAAAGAUGUACAAGUACAAACCAAUAAAGAUGAUUUUGAAAAUAAAAAUAAAAAAAACGAUUCUGAUAAUGUUGAUUCAGAUGUAGAACGCAUUAUUGAUAUUUUUAAUAAAAAAGGCUUACUCAGAAAAAAAGAAAACAAUGCAAAUAGCGACCCAAAUAGAGACCCAAAUAGCAACCCAAAUAAAAAUACUAAAAAACUGAAGCCAUUUAUAAAAGAUAGUAUGAAUAAUUUGGAAAAAAGAAAUGUGAAUUGCCAAGUGCGUAAAGACAGUUCUACAUCUAACGACAAAUUAAAAAAUAAUAAUAAAACAGAUAGUCAAAAAAUAAUAUAUAAUAUUUCUUAUAAAAAUAUUAAUGAAUCAAAUAAUAGUAAUACAAGUACAGAUGAUAGUGAUCGAGAUAGCCAAACAUGUAGUGAAAAUGAUUCUGCUAAUUUUUCAAAUGAAAGUCAUAAUGAAAAUGUUCAGAAAGAUGUAGAAGAAAAAAAAAUCGAUAUGGUUCAAAAUAUAAUUAAUUAUAAAAAGUCUUUACAAUUAGGAAUACCAUAUAAUGUAAUAAAUAAAAUUCCAAACGGGAUGAGCAAAAUUCCAAACGGGAUGAGCAAAAUUCCAAACGGGAUGAGCAAAAUUCCAAACGGGAUGAACAAAUUUCCAAACGGGAUGAGCAAAAUUCCAAACGGGAUGAACAAAUUUCCAAACGGGAUAAAUGAUGUUAAUAAUUUUUUUUUUAAAAUAGCAAACAAAUUUGAAAAAAGUUCCCAUUUAUUACCAUAUUUCCAUAAAAAUAUUAUAUUCAAAUAUAAGAAUUCUAUGAAGAGUGAACAUAUGGGAAAAGAAUAUUGUGAAAAAAAUGGAUCAAAUUUUGUUAAUCAUUUAUUAAAAAAUGAAAAGGCAAAACAGGCAUAUCCUUUUUCUACUAUGAAACAAAAAAUGCCUAUAUUUUUUAAGCCUAUAAACAAAUCUGUUAUUUUGGAAAAUAAUGAUAAUAAUAUUUUAGAGGAACCAAAUAUUAAAAAUGAAAAACUAACCAAUCAUGUUAAUAGUCCUAAUAAAAAUCAAGAAACAGAAGAUAAGUCUAAAAUUAUAAAUAAUCUUUUGCUAAAUAAAUUAUAUAUAUAUAAAAAGAUGAAACUGGAAAAAGAAAACCGCUUUAAAAACACUUUUACAAGUUUGUUAAAAAAUAAAAAUAUUAUAAAAUGUAAGAUACAAAAUAGUUUAAACGAAUUCAAAGACAUACAAUAUGGUGGCUAUACUAGCAACGAUAGUAGUGAUAGUAGUGAUAGUAGUGAUAAUAGUGAUAGUGGUGAUAAUAGUGAUAGUAAUGAUAGUAAUAAUUUGUUUAGAAUAAAUAAGUUUGUGAAUAAAAAAAAUCAAAAAUAUCAAAAAUAUCAAAAAAAUAUGAAUACUUUCUCAAAUUUUAAUAUGUCUAUAAACAAUUUACAAAAAGAAAACAAUGUUCAUGAUUAUUCAAAAAAUAAAAAACAUACAUCUAAUCAAAUUUUAUCAUUUAAUCGAAAUAAAUUAAAAAAAGAUUCAAUCGAACAAUUGGGUUCUAAUUUAUCUAUUGUAGAUGCAGAAGAUGGUACUUCGGAUGAAUCCUGUUCGACUUUGAAAAAAGAAAAACAAAGAAUGGAACGACUUCGAUCUAUUUCUUAUAAAAACAGAUUAAAUAAGUUGCUUAUGUUAAAAAAAAAUAUUCAUAUAUUUAAAGAAAAUAGUAAAAAUAUUAGCUUAUCAGAAAGUGUGCAUAAAGAAUUUGAAAAUGAAAAACAAAAUGAAAAACAAAAUGAAAAAGAGAAAAAUGGCAAAAAUUUUACUCUAAAAUGUAGUACUGAAAAAGAAGCAAAAAAAAAUGGAGAACAUAUCGAAUUGCGGAAAAAUGACGAUGAUAACAGAGUUAGAAUAAAAGUUAAUUUGAAGUCGGCAACAAAUAAAGAUGAAAAGGAAAGGGAAAAGGAAAGGGAAAGGGAAAGGGAAAAGGAGAAGGAAAAGGAGAAGGAGAAGGAAAGUGAAAAGGAAAGUGAAAGUGAAAGUGAAAAGGCGAAGGAAAAAAACAUUAGAUGUGCAACCCAUGAAAAAGCUAAAAUGCGCAAUUUAUUUGAAAAGGCAAAAAUAAAUACAAUUAACUAUACAGAUACUGAAAUAGAAAUAAAGAACAAAAAUUCGAGAAAAUUAUUUACCCCCAAAAUUUAUAAUAGAACAUAUCUCAAAAAAAAAGAUGGGUCGGGAGGUGGAAACUAUUUAAAAAUAAAACCCCCGAGUUUGAGAAAUCCAAAACAGGUUGAAAAAGAUGAGAAAAAGGGGGAGGAAAAAGAUGAGAAAAAAGGGGAAGAAAUAAAUGGUAAAAAAGGGGAGGAAAAAAAUGAAAAACGUGAAAAAAAUGAAAAAUGUGAUGGUAUUUGCCAACUUGCGAGUCUAGAGAAGAUUGACCCGAAUAAGUGGAUUCAAAAGAUUUUUGGAGAUAUUUGA